AUGUCGCGCGUCACCCAGUCGCGCGCCCAGACCGAGGCCAACGCCAAGAUCCUGCGUGCGCUCGUCAAGCAGCCCGACAACAAGGUCUGCGUCGACUGCAAGAAGAACGACCCACGAUGGGCGUCGUGGAACCUGGGCUGCUUCCUCUGCAUCCGAUGCUCCGGUAUCCACCGUUCCAUGGGCACACACAUCUCCAAAGUCAAGUCGAUCGAUCUCGACAUCUGGACACCCGAGCAGAUGGAGUCGGUGCAGAAAUGGGGUAACCGCCGCUGCAAUCUGUACUGGGAGGCGCAUCUCAAGGCGGGCCAUGUUCCCGCAGACCACAAGAUCGAGAGCUUCAUCAGGUCCAAGUACGAGUCGCGUCGAUGGGCAAAGGACGGCCCACCACCAUCGGAUCCUGCCACGCUGGAUGGUGGUGCCGCCGCUCCUGCAGCUGCGCCCGCAGCAGCCGCUGCUCCAGCUGCCUCCAACAGUGCCGCUCCACCUGCGGCGCGCGCACCUGCCAUUGAUCUGCUCGACGACCCUGCGCCCGCACCGGCGCCUGCUGCUGCCUCGGCUUCCCGCCCCGUUGCAGCUGCACCCGCUGCACCCGCCGCCGCGCCCAAGCCGGCCGGAUCCAGCUCGGGGCUGUUUGAUCUCGACUGGCACGAGCCCUCGGCGGCUGCGGCUGCCACCUCGCCCACCUCGCCAACCGGCUCGUCGGGCGCCAGGGCCAAGAACGACAUCAUGAGCCUCUUUUCGGCCCCACCGCCCGCUGCCGCACGCGCGCCCGCUGCCAACACCACCAACGCCUCCGCAUUCGACAUGGCGCCACCCGCCGCAGCCGCCGCUUCCAACCCGUGGUCAGCCCCAUCCGCACCAGCACCCUCCAACAACCCGCUCUUCGACACCUCGGACGUAUGGAGCUCCACCCCCGCCCCCACCGCCCCGCAGUCGCAGCCGCCAAAGUCGGAUGCAUUCGCCGACAUCUGGGGCGACUUCAAGUAG